AUGGCCUGGGGUCGGUCUGUCCGGGUUCUCCCUGUAGACAGCUUCCUAGCUUGUGCCCCUAGCUCAUGCUCCCUGAGGAGCGUCGGACCGCGCGACCCGCUCACCAACUCCCGGAACUCUGGCGCGUUUCGGCCUUCUCGCCCACCAACCUGGCGCGAACACUUGGGACACCGCGCGCACCAGAACCAGCGGACCCAAAGCACAGCCCCCGGCGCCAGAUCGCAACAAAAUGUCCGCUCCACUGGCCGGAGCAAUACGUGCAGCCCCUUCACCCUGACUCGAGACUCCGCCCCCAGGCUCCCGCACCGCCCUGGCUCUGAUUGGGCGAAGCGGAGUCACGAGGGCGCCGUCGCUCUACGUGACGGUUUUCCCCGUGGUCUUUGGAUCUUGGGCAGUAUAUGUGAGGGCGUUCCCGUUGUGUCUGCGUCUGCGGCGUUCUCCGGGCUCUCCCUGGAUGUCAAGAACGGCAGGAAGAAUGCUACUGCCCCAGGAAAGAAAGUAGGGGAGGAGAAGUCUCUGGCUCCUGUGUUUGCUGAGAAGCUAAUAUCACCAAGCAGGAGGGGAGCCAAGCUCAAGGACCAUGAGAGCUACCAGGAGAAUGAAGACAGGAACACAGCUGAACCACUUGUAGCUUUCAAACUGUUUGUUGGAAACCUGAAUUUCAACAAAACUGUUGCUGAACUACAGUCUGGUCUCAGUGAAUUUUUUGCUAAAAAUGAUCUUGAGGUUGUUGGUGUCAGGGUUGCCUUGUUCAGGAGAUUUGGUUAUGUGAAUUUUAAAUCUGUUGAUGAUCAGGAAAAAGCCCUGGAACUUAGUGAUACAAAAAUCCUUGGGUAUGAAAUUAAAUUUAAGAAACCAAAGGGAAAGAAAACAAAGGUAUAUCAAAAUGCCAAAACACUUUUGAUCAAGAACGUGUCUGACAGAGUCACUCAACAUGAAUUAAAAGAAGUGUUUCAGGAUGCUUUUCAAAUCAGAUUAGUGAGCAAGGCUGGGAUGAAUAAAAGUUGCGGGAUUGCAUAUAUUGAAUUCAAGUCACAAGCUGAGGCAGGGAGAGCCUUGGAAGCAAAGCAGGGAACUGAGGUUGAUGGGCUUGCCAUAGUUCUGGACCAUAUUGGAGAGAAAAGCCAGGGCCAAAAAAAAUAGAGAUUGAAAGAACAGCACUUGGAGAGUCUCGUGAGUGGUCCCAGAGCUCUGUGGAUUGAGAGUUACCAGGGUUGUCGAAGGGGGGUCCCAAGGGAGGGGCUGGUAUGAG